AUGAAACGCAGCAACCCACCGACGAACGCAGAACCGGCAUCAAAGAAGCCCCGCCCAACUGUACCCGACUACCAUCUAACGCCCUCCGUCAAAGAGCAAGACGGAUCCAUACAAUGGCCCGCCCCAAGCUCACAGAUCAAGAUAGUACAAGAAUUCAUUCUCGAAUGCGCAAGGGCCAAAGCAACUACCCUCAUCGUCCCGGAUAAGGACGCCGACGGCCUCUCGUCUGGAGCGAUCUUACAGCACACACUACGCCUUCUCGGGGUGCCUCCAGAACUAAUCCAUGUGCAUCUCUUGACGAAAGGCAACACCGUCCACAGCGAGCCGGAGAGGGUAAAGAUGGCGUCGCACAAGCCGCAGUUCAUCUUUGUCCUGGACCAAGGCAGUCGGUCAGGUCCUCCUCUGAUCGACGGCGAGCACAAGUCGAUCAUCAUCGACCAUCAUUUUGCGAAUGAAGCCGACUUCCCAGAAGGCGCGGCCUUUGUCAAUGCUUGCCAUUCGCCACCUGUCGCAACGUCUUCCCUUCUAACGUAUCUACUCUGCGAACCACUCCAUCCUGGCGUCCAGGAGCGGUGCGACUGGCUCUGCGUAGUCGGAACCCAUGGUGACCUGGGCAAUACGCUCAAAUGGGAACCACCUUUCCCGGACAUGAAAGCGUGUCUGAAAAAGUACACGAAGAAGACUCUCAACGACGUCGUAUCCGCGAUCAAUGCUCCCAGACGAGCAGCCUCCUACGACGUCGUCUCAGCCUGGAACGCUCUCUGCGAAACGACCGAUCCAUCUUCCGUGCUAAAGAACCCCCGUCUCCUGGAAGCAAGACAAGAAGUCAGUGCCGAAGUCGAGCGCUGCACGCAUACAGCACCCAAAUUCUCACUCGACGGAAAGAUAGCCGUCUUCCGGAUCAAGAGUGAAUGCCAGGUCCAUCCGGUCAUCGCCACACGCUGGGCUGGUCACCUCUCGAGUAAGUUGCUCGAGGUUGUCAUGGUUGCCAAUGAAGGUUAUCUGGAAGGCAAAGUCAACUUCUCAUGUCGGAUACCACGGUCAGCGCGGGCUCGCGAGCCGGCUGUCGAUAUCAUCCAGAGCCUGAAGCAUUAUGCGAGCCUGAAAGAUCCGCUGGAAGAUGAGUCAAAUGGGACAGUUACCAGCGAAAAGGCACCCCUGAUCGAUCGUCUCGGAGCUGAUUUUGCUCGAGGACACGUUCAAGCUUCUGGUGGCAUUGUCAAUGUCGAUGAGUUUGAAGAGCUCAUGCGCAUAAUGAGAAUCGGCGAAAAGGCGCCAAAGAAGAACGAGGACAGCUCACCUACGAAGAAGAAAAAGCCUGCGAUAGACGCUGGCCAAAAAAAUAGCAUCACGGGCUAUUUCGCAAAAGCGAGCCAGAAGUGA